UGUUCACCGGACUUAUUCAGAGAAUUCAGUGAGUUCAUUUUCACACCGGAGUUCCCUGUGAGUUUAAGUCGCUGUUCAAUACAGCGACUAUCGUUGCCUUUGCAAGGGCGAGUGGACUGGUGAUAUUUAUAUAUACACUAUAUAUAUCUAAAAUCUCGUAAGGCAAUUCUUAAUAAGUCAAUCAGUAUGCUUCAAUUAACCGGUAGAUUCCUGCUCUGCGCUUUUCUUGCUACCAUAAUUUCUCCAAUUGUAGCAGACUAUGUAAUUGAUGUGAAGUUGAUCAAGUUUGAAAAUUACAACCGUAUACUGGCUAAUGGGCGCACAUGCUCAAGUUUCAGAAAUCAACAAUGUCAAACGACUCUUCAUAUUUGUGCUAGACCUGGUGAUAGUUCAACAUUGUGUAGUUAUGGCGACACUAAAACAGGAGUUAUCGGUGAUAAUGUCAUUGAUUUAAAUAAGACAUUUAUCGGUUUCACACGUAAUCCGAUCAUAUACCCGAUUAGACAGCCCUUUCAGAAAUUCGUCGUUUCGUUUACUGCAAAAAGCAACAACGAAUUGAUAGCCGAAUACGUUUACCAAAGUGGUAGUCGUUUGCCUCAGAGAAGCGUCGGAGAAGCCAGGUAUGAACUGAUAACAACUCGUGGUAGUCAGAAUCCUACUACUCAUCUCACAUACCAAAUUCGAAGCUAUUGCAGCCAAGGUUAUUAUGGUCCGAACUGCAUAACAAGGUGUGAUAUUCCUAUCACCGAGCAAACGAGAUUUCAAUGUGAUGUUAACGGUCAAAAAGUCUGCAAACCUGGUUUCUCUGGUCCAUUAUGUAAUAUUAAUGCUGAUCUAUGUCGGAGCUCUCCUUGUAAAAAUGGUGCGACUUGCGUCUCAAUGGGUACUACGUUUAAAUGCAUCUGCACACAGGGAUACACAGGACAAGAUUGUAAUAAAGGCAUCGACGAAUGCAGUCUGACGACAGCUCCUUGUUUCAACGGUGGUAUUUGCGUUGACGGAAUUAAUGGCUAUCACUGCAGAUGUGCAUAUGGUUAUACGGGACCCAGAUGCGAGACUGUUCUUUCAGCAUGUUUGUCAGCACCUUGUAUGAACGGUGGUACAUGUUCGAAUGCAGGUACCUCAUUUAUGUGCCAAUGUCUUCCUAACUUUUACGGUAAUCGUUGUCAAUUUGAAGAUAAAUGUCGCUCAGUGACUUGCCUAAAUGGUGGCCGAUGUGCUACAACUAACUUUGUUGCGAAAUGUCAUUGCCAGCCUGGAUUUACUGGUACACGAUGUGAAAUUCCCUCUAAUUCCUGUCAAUCCGCACCUUGUCAAAAUGGAGGAACAUGCUCUCAAAAUGGAGUUCAAUUCAUUUGUCAUUGCCCUGCUGGAUUCGUAGGACGACAAUGUGAACAACCAUUUUGCUCACCAAAUAUCUGUCAAAAUGGUGGAACAUGUCAGCUUGUAAACAAUCAAAUCACUUGCAUAUGUCUCAAUGGAUUUCAAGGUGAUAGAUGCCAGGUGGCGAUUCAAUGUUAUCCACCAUGUCAAAAUGGAGGAACUUGUAAUAGAAACACAAGAAUGUGCGACUGCCCUCAAGGAUUCGUUGGUCGAGAUUGUUCAAUUAGAGAUGCUUGCGCGUCUAAUUCAAAUGUCUGUCAAAAUGGUGGAAGAUGUCAGCUUGUAAACAAUCAAAUCACUUGCAUAUGUCAAAAUGGCUUUUACGGAGAUAGGUGCCAGUUCCCAAAUCAGUUCUCUUGCUAUCCAAAAUGUCAAAAUGGAGGAACUUGUAAUAGAAACACAAGAAUAUGCGACUGUCCUCAUGGAUUCGUUGGUCGAGAUUGUUCAAUUGGAGAGUCUUGCGCGUCUAAUCCAUAUGUCUGUCAAAAUGGUGGAAGAUGUCAGAUGGUAAACGGUCAAAUCACAUGCCUAUGUCAAAAUGGCUUUUCCGGAGAUAGGUGCCAGUUCCCAAGUGAGUUCUCUUGUUAUCCAAAAUGUCAAAAUGGAGGAACUUGUAAUAGAAACACAAGAAUAUGCGACUGUCUUCAAGGAUUUGGUGGUCGAGAUUGUUCGAAAAGAGAUCCUUGCGCUUCAAAACCAUGCUAUAAUAAUGGCCAAUGUCGUGUACAAAACAAUUUUAACUACGUUUGUGUGUGUAACCAAGGAUGGACUGGUAAAAACUGUCAGAAUAUCAUUAGAUCUUGUUCGAGUAACCCCUGUUUGAACGGUGGACUGUGCUAUCCUAACGGAAACAGCUUUAUUUGUAAUUGUCGACAAGGAUGGACUGGACAGACAUGCGACAUUCAAACCAAUCCAUGCACCCCAAAUCCUUGCCAAAAUAACGGCCGGUGUAGCAGCUCGGUACCAAAUGGCUUCACUUGUAAUUGUCUUAAUGGAUGGUCUGGCACUAUUUGUACUGAACGUAUUCCACACCCGUAUUGUCCGUCUCGCCCUUGUCUUAACGGAGGAACCUGCAUCCAAAAUGCCAACCAAUUACGUUGCCGAUGCCUACCUGGCUUUAAAGGAACCUAUUGUGAAGUACCAGACCAGCAAGGAAGCUUCAAAUGUCCUGAAUCAACAGGUCAUUUCCCUGACCCACAAAGCUGCAGACAUUUUUAUCGGUGUGACUGGAAUAUUGCACAGAGAGUGGAUUGCCCUGGAAACUUGCACUUUAACAAGGUUAAGAAAGUCUGUGAUUGGCCAUACAGAGCCAACUGCAAUAUCGGACAAUAAACAAGCAAACAUAAUUUCCAUUAUUCCAACUAUUUUCUCCUGUAAUAUGAGAAUAUGAAGAAUCCAUUCCACCAUAUGAAAAUGUCAGUUUUAAUUUGUGCAUAUAACAAGGAAUGUUCAUCUUCUACAGCAAUUAUUUUCUUUGUACACACACGCGCACAUGUGUACGCACAUAUACACGCACACGUGUGUGUGUAUGUGUGUAUUAAUAUUUCUGUCUAAUUCAAAUGCAUUAUCCUGUGAUUAUAGAAUAAAAUAAUGUAUGCAUAAUUCUUUGUCAUAAUUCUUCUGGGAGCAAUUGCAACCAAAUCUAUGCACUACAUAUUCAAUAAAUGAAACAACAGAACCCAUUUCAGAUUAGAUGAAUUAAUAUUGCUAUGAAAAUGAAAUAAACAAAUU